UCUGAUAUGCAUUGUAAUAAGAGGUUCAUUGAAAGUUGAAACCUCCCUAUGACGACUCUCUCCCUCUCUUUCUCACCGCUUUCGUAAACCCCUUUCCCUGUUCUCCUUUGCCUCUUCCUCUCUCUCUCUCUCUCUCUCAACAAAUCCAAACAAAGCGUGUGUGAAAGAAGAAUUUCGAUUUGGAUGUUGGAUUGAGCAAAAGCGUGACACCGUCUCCACCGCGGAACUGUUCCCAGAUCUCUCUUGCAACAACCGAACUCCAAAACCCUACCAAACACUCCAUUCAGAUUCUCAUCGAUGGGGCAGAAGUCUCUGAUCUACGCGUUCGUGUCUCGUGGAACGGUAAUUCUCGCGGAGUACACUGAAUUCAGCGGAAACUUCAACUCCAUCGCCUUCCAGUGCCUUCAGAAGCUUCCUGCCACUAACAACAAGUUCACCUACAAUUGCGACGCUCACACCUUCAAUUACCUCGUCGACAAUGGCUACACAUAUUGCAUUGUUGCUGAUGAAUCAAUUGGAAGGCAAGUGCCCAUGGCUUUUUUAGAGCGUGUCAAGGAUGAUUUUGUGUCAAAAUAUGGUGGAGGAAGGGCCGCCACAGCUCCUGCGAACAGCCUUAAUAAGGAAUUUGGGCCAAAGUUGAAGGAACAUAUGCAGUACUGUGUCGAUCAUCCCGAAGAGGUCAACAAGCUUGCGAAGGUGAAAGCUCAGGUUUCUGAAGUUAAAGGUGUCAUGAUGGAGAAUAUUGAAAAGGUUCUGGACAGGGGUGAAAAAAUAGAGCUUCUGGUGGAUAAGACAGAGAACCUUCAUAACCAGGCACAAGAUUUCAGGACUUCUGGAACCAGAAUCCGUCGAAAAAUGUGGCUACAGAACAUGAAGAUAAAGCUGAUUGUCCUGGGAAUUUUGAUAGCACUGAUCCUUGUAAUAGUCCUAUCUGUGUGUCGUGGGUUCAACUGUGGGAAAUAGGCACCAUUCUCCGAUGCCUCUAUCAUGUUAUUUCAAGCUUGAGAUUAUAUGAGGAAAGAUCCUAAUGAUGUAUCGCAUGAGUUUGUAUGUAAUAUAGUUAUAGAUAUAGAUAAAGGUCUUAUGUUGGUCACUUUGUUUUACUUAUAAAUGCUUUGUUCUACUUAUAAAUUGGGUUGUCGAUUUUGAAGUUCAGUUUCCAUUUUAUUGUCAUCAAACAUGUAAAUGUGUUAUUUGAUCUUAUUCUUUCUAAUGAUUCCAUUUA